CAUGUAUUGGGUGAUUUUUUUCAAAGUCUUGGUGUAUUGAUUGCAUCAUUAGUAAUCUAUUUUUAUCCGGAUUAUCGUAUUAUUGAUCCAAUUUGUACAUUUUUCUUCUCGAUAAUUGUAUUGAUAACAACAUUGACUAUAAUGAGAGAUGUAUUGAAUGUAUUAAUGGAAGGUAUACCAAAAGGUAUCGAUAUAAAAGAGGUACAACGUACAUUAUUGAAUAUUGAUGGUGUAAGAAAAGUACAUAAUCUACGUAUAUGGUCAUUAAGUCUAGAUAAAGCAGCAUUAUCUACACAUUUGGCCAUCGAAAAAGGAAAAGAAUCGACACAUAUUUUGAAUGCAACAAUUCGUGAAAUAAAAUCACGUUAUGAUAUCUAUGAGCUUACUGUACAGAUUGAAGAAUAUCGUGAUGAAAUGAAAGAUUGUCAACAAUGCCAAACAUUUAAUUAAUUUGAAUUUUGAAUUUGAAUUUUAUUCGAUUUUGUUUUGGUUUUGCUCAAUUUAUAUCGACUUUUGUUCUUUUCUGUUUUACUGUUUUUUUUCGAUUUUUACAAUCAGACAAACGCGUGUUGAUCACAUCAUCUUUAUCGAAGAA